UCCCACCCAUUACACGGUCACACAGACACCAGGCGAGUCUGUCUGCAGGUAUAAAGAGCAGCUGUCUGCUGGGACACGGCACUCGUCCUAGAUCAGUGCAGGGGAGCCUUGUGGUCGGAUAAACUCCCAGUAUCCUGCAGCCAAACCAGUCAUACCAAACCGUCUCCAGAGACAUGAGAGAGUGCAUCUCCAUCCACGUGGGCCAGGCGGGUGUCCAGACAGGAAACGCCUGCUGGGAGCUCUUCUGCCUCGAGCACGGCGUUGGUCCCGAUGGCGUCUCCCUGGACAGUCCUGCAGAACCCAACUCUCGCGAAGACCCAUUCAACACUUUCUUCAGUACUGGGAGCUAUGGGCGUCAUGUUCCCAGAGCAAUCUACGUGGACCUGGAGCCCACAGUGGUUGAUGAAGUGAGAGUUGGGAAGUACAGAGAGCUUUUCCACCCUGAACAGCUGAUCUCUGGAAAGGAGGAUGCCGCCAACAACUACGCUCGAGGCCAUUACACUGUCGGGAAAGAAAUCAUUGAUGAUGUCAUGGAGCGUAUUCGUAAAAUGUCGGACCAGUGCACCGGCCUUCAGGGGUUCCUGGUCUUUCACAGCUUUGGAGGUGGAACCGGCUCUGGCUUCACCUCCCUGCUGAUGGAGCGCCUGUCUGUCGACUACGGCAAGAAAUCCAAGCUGGAGUUCUCCAUCUACCCAGCUCCCCAGGUGUCAACUGCUGUGGUGGAGCCCUAUAACGCCAUCCUGACCACCCACACCACCUUAGAGCACUCCGACUGCGCCUUCAUGGUGGACAACGAGGCCAUCUAUGACAUAUGUCGUCGCAACAUGGACAUUGAGAGUCCUGGUUACACCAACCUAAACAGAUUGAUCGGUCAGAUCGUUUCCUCAAUCACCGCCUCCCUUCGUUUUGACGGCUCCCUCAAUGUGGACCUGAUGGAGUUCCAGACCAACCUGGUCCCCUUUCCACGUAUCCACUUCCCUUUGGUUACCUACUCGCCCAUCAUCUCUUCUGAGAAGGCCUACCACGAGCAGCUGACUGUGACUGAGAUCACCAGUGCCUGCUUCGAGCCGCUCAAUCAGAUGGUCAAGUGUGAUCCUCGUCACGGAAAGUACAUGGCGUGCUGCAUGCUGUACCGAGGCGACGUCGUCCCAAAGGACGUAAACGCUGCAAUCGCAAAUAUAAAGACCAGGCGUUCCAUUCAGUUUGUCGACUGGUGCCCAACUGGAUUCAAGGUGGGCAUUAACUACCAACCUCCCACUGUAGUUCCUGGUGGAGACCUGGCCAAAGUCCAGAGGGCUGUGUGCAUGCUGAGCAACACCACGGCCAUCGCUGAGGCCUGGUCCCGUCUCGACCACAAGUUCGAUCUCAUGUAUGCCAAGCGUGCGUUUGUCCACUGGUAUGUGGGUGAAGGCAUGGAAGAGGGAGAGUUUGCAGAGGCCAGGGAGGACCUGGCCUGUUUGGAAAAGGAUUACGAGGAGUUGGGGGAAAUGAGCCCCGAUUCUGAAAAUGACGACGAGGGCCAAGAAUACUGAACAUCGUGAGGCUGUGACGGCUGCACAGCAGUGACUUUAUCCUUUACCAAGUCAAUAAAGAUUUUAUAUCUGUACUGUGUGUCUUUUAAAAUGGAGUUAACCAAAUUAAUGAUUUUUCUCACUGCCAUGUUUGUAUAUUGUCAACUAAUGUUUUAUUUGAAUUUUGCUGUGAAAUAAAGUUUGUAUGGGCAAAACUUGUUUGAAAUGUGCAGUGCAAGCAGGGUGUUACAGACAGUGGUCAAAGACAAUGCCAUGUAUUCACAUCCCCAUUAUAAAUUCACCUGGGGAACACUUGCAAGUCUGAAAGAUGAGUCUUUUCCGUGGAAAAAAUACAAAGG